AUGAAAAUUGUUCAGGGCAGUGAAAAAGACCAGUACGGCAAAUUAGGGGUUUAUAUGCAUGAAAUUCUAAGAUCCAAUCCUGGUAGCACUGUUAUAAUGCAAACUGCUGAUGGCUUUAGAGACUCAAAAAUAGGGAAAGGCAGAUUUGAGAUGCUGUACAUCUAUUUUGUUGGAGUGAAGCAUGGUUUCCUAGCUAGAUGUAGGCAAUUUAUUGGAGUAGAUGGCACUUUUCUGAAAGGAUCAGUAGGAGGAGUCUUGCUAGCAGCUAUUCGAGUUGAUGCCAAUAAUGGCAUUUGUCCAAUUGCAUAUGCUGCAACAGAGGGUGAAAAUAAGGACUCAUGGUGCUGGUUCUUCAAACUAUUGAAAGAAGAUUUGAAGAUUGAAAAGGAUUAUGAGUGGACAAUAAUGAGUGACAAACAAAAAAGGGAUCUGGCUAAAGAGAAGUGGCAGACUUAUCCUUACUGCCCCAGAAUUCUUCACAUUAUGCAGAAAAAUAUAGAUAGAGCACCUGACUGUUUUCCGUUCAACUCAAAUAAUGAUCUUUAUGAAGUCAGCUGCCCAUGUGGUGACCAAUAUGCAGUGAACAUCAAGGAGCAAACAAGCUCUUGCAGAAAAUGGGAACUAACAGUGGAGACAUAUAUGAAGUGCUAUGAAGGAUCAAUGUGUCCUAUAAAUGGAGAAAGUGAAUGGGGGCUUAUUGAUGUUGGUAGAGGUCCUUUGCUACCCUUAUAUGGAAGAGCACCUGGAAGGCCUAAGAAGCUGAGAAAGAGAAGUGCAUAUGAGAUUCAACAAUCCAAGGAAAAAACUAAGAAGAAGGUGAGAAGAGUGGGGCAGAUUAACAACUGUAGAUACUGA